AUGACAACCCACUUACUCAACCACUGCCUUAUUUACUCACUUGCUGUUUUACAAGCUCACCAAUCUACUGGUAUAUCUAGCCACAUAUCUACCAACUCCACUGUUUACACCACAAUCAUCAUGUACUUCUCUACGGCCCUACUAGUAGCUUCCAGCAUUGCCUUUGUCCACGCUGGAGUGAACUGCAACGGAAGCGGUAACUGCCCGGGAAUUGCUGGCAGCCUUAGCGAUAUAGUCAACAUCUCGCAAGGUCUUGAUGAGAACCGCAUCUACCGACCUGGUGAACACAUUAUUUGUAUCGAAUCUAAGCUCAAAAACGGCCUAUGUGCAUUUCUACAGGGCAACAGUGCUGAAAACGGGCAUUUUGUUCAAAAUCUUACUGAAGGACUUGCAAAACCACGGAUCUUGUCUACAGAAUUGGCCUUUGUUGCGGUCCAGCUCGAUAUGGCGCUGCGGAAAAAUGUACUCGAUUCGGAUAAGGCCUGA